UGACUGUAGGUGGGACUGCUACAGCUUUACUUCAUAGAUGUCUGUCUAUGUCUGAUUGAAGGAAAAGUCAGUGUAUAGGUUAGCUUUCUAGCUGCUAACUUCCUUACAUCACACUAUUAAAUUGAUGCUGUAGAUUUCAGGUCUGUUUUAGUAAGUGUCUGCUGGAGAUAUGAACCUCUCUAGGGUCCAGAUCUUGCUGGCAUGGACUCUCAGUGUGUUUGCUGGUUCAGCACGCUGCGCAGAAGAUGAGACCCGUCUGGUUAAAGACCUGUUUACUGGUUACAACAAGGUGGUCCGGCCUGUUAGCCACUUCAAAGAAGCUGUGGUGAUCACUGUGGGUCUACAGCUGAUACAGCUCAUCAGUGUGGAUGAAGUUAACCAGAUUGUGACUAGUAAUGUCCGUCUCAGACAGCAAUGGACUGAUGUUAACUUAAAGUGGAAUCCUGACGAUUAUGGAGGCAUUAGAAAGAUCAGAAUCCCUUCAGCAGACAUAUGGAAACCUGAUCUGGUGCUUUAUAACAAUGCUGAUGGUGACUUUGCCAUCAUCCAUGAAACCAAAGUCCUGCUGGAACACACUGGGAGGAUAAUAUGGAACCCUCCUGCCAUCUUUAAGAGUUACUGUGAGAUUAUUGUCCUCCAUUUCCCAUUUGACCUGCAGAACUGUAGCAUGAAAUUAGGAACCUGGACAUAUGAUGGACUGCUGGUGGUCAUCAACCCAGACAGUGACCGGCCUGAUCUGAGUAACUUCAUGGAGUCAGGUGAAUGGGUAUUGAAGGACUACAGAAGCUGGAAACACUGGGUUUACUACACCUGCUGUCCCGACACACCAUACCUUGACAUCACGUACCACUUCCUGAUGCUUCGGCUGCCACUGUAUUUCAUUGUGAAUGUCAUCAUUCCCUGUAUGCUGUUCUCUUUUCUCACCGGACUGGUCUUCUACCUGCCCACUGACUCUGGUGAAAAGAUGACUCUGUCCAUCUCUGUCCUGCUGUCUCUAACUGUCUUCCUUCUGGUCAUUGUGGAGCUCAUCCCCUCCACCUCCAGCGCUGUUCCUCUCAUAGGGAAAUACAUGCUGUUCACCAUGGUGUUUGUCAUUGCCUCCAUCAUCAUCACUGUCAUCGUCAUCAACACACAUCACCGCUCACCCAGCACGCACACGAUGCCUGCCUGGAUACGCAAGGUUUUUAUUGAAACGAUUCCCAACAUGAUGUUCUUUUCUACGAUGAAGCGUCCGGGUCAGGAGAUCCAACAAAAGAGAUUGUUCCCUACUGACAUGGACAUCUCAGACAUCUCAGGUAACCCCACCCCCACCAGUGUCACAUACCAGUCUCCCAUUGCCAAAAAUCCUGAUGUCCGCAGUGCCAUAGAAGGGGUGAAGUACAUCGCUGAGACCAUGAAGUCUGAUGAGGAAUCAAACAAUGCUGCAGAGGAGUGGAAGUUCGUCGCCAUGGUUUUGGAUCACAUCUUGCUGUGUGUGUUCAUGGCUGUUUGCAUCAUCGGUACGAUCGCUGUCUUCGCUGGGAGACUCAUUGAGCUCAGCCUUUCUGAGUCAUGAAGGACACGUUUUGUUUUUUUUUUCUUUCUUUAAUGCCAGGACAGAUGUCACAUGUGGUGAUGCAUCUGUAUUGUCCAUCAUGGACUGAUUCCAGUUGUGUGCACAGGAUGAUGUGAUAGUAAAUGCAAUAAUGUCUUCUUAUUGACAGAGAGCAAAGUUAAAGGGAAUUUAGAGGAAUAUUUAGGCUAAGAGUCUUGUGAUAUGUGUCUCAUACUUGAAGUUAUUUUUGUGUCAAACAUUUUUUAUGGUUUAAGUUGUUUUUGUACCCUCUUUUUGGUCCUUGGUUGGCUCUCUGAGUGUAUUUUUUACUCCCCUGUAACAGUAAUAAUUACUCUGCUGUCCUUUUUUUCCAUCUUGAUUAAAGGUUAAUCUCAGAGUAUGUAAUUUCUAGAUCGAUAUUUCUAGUGAACAGACAAAUAACCUAUUCUCCAUCUCAUUACUAUAUUUUUAGUUUAGGGAGACUGUUCAGCUUGCUCUUAACAGUUUUGCUCAUUGUUUUUUAUUAUUAGGGGAGAUGUAAAAACCAAAUCUGGUUGAACAGAAAACUUUUAUCCUUGAGUGCUGGCAAAAUAUUUUCCUGUCUGGAAGUUUAUUGUUUCUUUUUGCCUGACACUCAUUAAACAUUAGUUAAGGUUGUAUAAAUACUCGUGGAUUAGAAGAAAGUUUAGUUCUGUCACUAAGGUUGGUUUCUUCUCUUUGCCUCUGUUGUAUAGUUUGUUAGAAAUCUGUUAAAUCUGAAAAUGCUGUUUUUUGAUGAAUUCUAAUUAUAUAUUUUUUCCAUCUGUACUUAAAACCUGUGGUUGACUUAUCCAACAGCUCUCUUUAGUAACCUGAAUGUAUUAAGGUGACUGUUACAGGUUGUUGUAGAAGCACUGUCCUCCAACAGCCAUCAAAAAGUAACAGCAAUCUGCUGUGCUUUAAGUCUCAGUUGUUCACUGUACCAGACAUUUACAUAUGAACUUGAGUAAAAGAGGUCAAACAACUGUCUCAUAAGAAAAGUGACUCAUAAUGUUAUUGAUAGGUAAAGAAAACAAAAGUGGCAUAGCAAACAUCAUUUGUCUAGCAAUGGAUGUGAAUAAUUCCUAUUAAUAGUUUGAAAUGUUGCAGCUGCAGUGUUGCGGCCUGUUUACAGCAUCUGAUGAAAGCAACUUGAUUUAUUUUGCAGCUGUGAUUGUUUUUAAAGAAAACCUGAAUGAGGUUUUGUUAUGAACACGUUGAAGUUCUGAUCUAAUAAUCAUUUAUCAUGGUUUUAUAUCUGUGAAACUUGAGUGAAAAAUCAAUAUAUUGGUCUUUGUUCGUUGUAGUACUGGAGUGGUGUUGUUUCAGUCUGAAAACCUAAUCUACCUAAUACAAUUUUAUUCAAAAUAAACAUUUUUCAAUGUC